UCCAGAACAUGUUAAAACAUUAUUGUUAUAUGUCUUUAUGUACUAAUACAUGUUAAAACCAUACAUAUUCAGGAUAGUCUAUAUCAAGUAAAAUAGUCAUUAAAAUGAAUUAUCUAUGAAAUUAGUUUAAAGUUUUUAGGUUAAAUACAGCAUCUCACAUCACAAGGCACUGAGUUCAUGGUGAAAUGUUGUUACUUUUAAUAGACUACAUCUUCAGCCGUUACACUGUGGGUGAUCAGCUGGGGAAAGGUGGAUGUGGUGUGGUGUAUGAAGGGACACGUCUGGAGGAUAAUCUUAAAGUGGCUUUGAAAUACGUCACAAAGACCCAACACACGAAAUGUAUAUUCAUUCCCGAUCAUCCAAAUCCCCUUCCAAAAGAGAUCGCCCUCACCAUCCUGGCAAACAAAGGUCCCAGCGUGCCAGAAAUUAUCAGGCUGCUGGACUGGACGGACCACCCUGACCACUUCGUCAUGGUUCUCGAAUGUCCCUCUCCCUGUGAGAAUCUCGUGGAGUUCAUCAGGCGUCACGGUGGAAGCCUCGACGAGGAGAAAACACGGCAGAUCAUGUGGCAGGCGGCUCAUGCAGCAAACAUGUGCCACCUCCGUGGAGUGUUCCACCGUGACGUCAAACUAGAGAACAUACUGGUAAACAGGGAGACAUCCGAAGUCAGGCUGAUUGACUUCGGAUGCGGGGACAUUUUGAGGAGGACACCGUACAGGUCAUACUCUGGCACAGCAGUGUACUCCCCUCCAGAGUACCACAGCAGGGGGAAGUACUACGGCGGGCCGGCGACGGUCUGGUCACUAGGGAUUGUGAUGUUCGCAUUGUUGUGUGGACACUUCCCUAGUGACUAUGACCUGUUCCUGCUACAGUGCAAGCGCUGGUCCAAACCCGGCCUGUCAAAAGAAUGCUGUGACCUCCUCAGGGCUCUCCUGCACGAGAAGCCAAGCCGGAGACUUGGUCUGGGGCAAAUUUUGUCCCACAACUGGUUUAAGACCACUCCAGUUGGCGUCUCUCAUGCAGCUUUGCGUCUUGCGGGCUGCAUCAGGAGACGCUUCCAUCCCUCCGCUCACCUUUGCAUCUUGCGGGGAGAGCAAGCCUUGUGUAGCCUUGGCUUGAGGGAGCAGUAUUUGCGUCUGGCGCUUCCUGCCUCCACUGUCCAAAUGCCAAAAAUAGCCCAAAAGGCUGUCUCAUUCCACAGCCACCCUGGGCUCCAGUCUCCCAGUCAUCCCUAUACAGGCCCAGAGGUGUCUGCCAUGGCCAUUACUUCUUCAGAGGUUCCUGACUCUGCCAAAGAUUGUCCUGUAUUAGGCGCCAUGGUCUCCAAGCUCCUUGCAAUGUUAGCUCGGUGCCAGAGCUCCCUGCCUCAGUGA